AAUUUUCGCUGUCAACAAUAUGGCGGAUGAGAUUGGAAGGAGGGUUUUGUGCGAAGGUUUUCGCGGUGAAUUAAAGUAUAUAGGGGUUGUUCCUCCUACCUCAGGUGAGUGGUAUGGUAUUGAAUGGGAUGAUCCAGAUAGAGGCAAACAUGAUGGAACCCACGAAGGAGUUAAAUACUUUGUGUGCAGGCAUCCAAAGAGUGGUUCUUUUGUAAGGCCAAAGAAAGUAGACUUUGGAAUCAGUGUUAUUGAAGCUCUGAAGGAACAGUAUGGGCUGGGUGGUGAUGGGAUCAACAAAGAAGACAUGUAUGUUAUGAGUGGUGGAAACAAGAAAAAACCUGUAGAAAUGGUUGGAGCAGAUUCUAUCCAGGAAAAGCAAAGUAACUACAAGGAACUCAAAGUGGUUAGUUUACGAGGCAUUGUAGUCAAUGGACCAGACAAAGAGACUGGUUUUUACACAGUUGCACCAAAUAUAUCAGAAUUAGACCUAUCUAAAACCCUUCUGUCUUCUUGGAGCGAUUUGGCUUCUAUCACGAGAAAUUUGCGGCACCUCCAAAUACUCAAUGUAAGUGAAAAUGUUCUCAGAUUACCACCUGUACCAGAACAGCUUCUGCCAUCAUUCACUACAAUAUCAGUUCUGUUUUUAAACAGAAUGCAACUUCAUUGGCAAGAGGUAGAGGUUAUUGUAAGUGUGAUGCCAUCACUCAAAGAACUUCAUGUUUGUCACAACUGUUUAAAUAACCUCAGAGGGAAAGAUGGUCAGCUUUGUGAACUGCAAGGACUCCAGAAUAUAGAACUUUUAAAUUUGGAAGGAAACCAGCUGUCAGAGUGGAAAACAAUUUUAAGACUGGGACAUUUACCAAGGCUCAACUGUCUUAUUUUAAAUGACAAUGGUAUAACUGGUGUUGAAUUAGGAAACAAAGUUCAAGAUGGACAAGGCAGUGUUCCUCUUUUCCCUGCUUUGGAAUCUCUCUCACUCAGUAACAAUAAAAUAAAUGAGAUUCACAGUGUAAACGAGCUAAAUCACCUUCCCUCUAUGAAUGCGUUACGCUUCAAAGGAAAUCCUUUAUUUCAGGAGGAAACUACGUUCGAAAGUCGUCAAGAACUGCUUGCUCGCCUUCCCUCACUCACUUCACUUAAUGGAAGCCCGGCCAAUCUUAAAGAAAGGGAGGCUGCAGAGCGAGCCUAUUUAAAGAAAUACGCCAAGUCAUGGGUUAAUGCUGGUGGAAAUCCAGUAGAAGGGAAAAACAGUGAACUACAACCUGAAUUUGUUGACUUACAUCCCAGAUAUGAAGAACUUGUCAAAGUGCAUGGAGUCCCUGCUGAAGCCGAGCGAAACCAGAACACGUCGAAAACUUUAAAAGACUCUUUGAUUUCUGUUACAAUUACAUGCCCUGAUGCUCCUGAUAAGAAGUCUGUCACAAAAAAAUUGCCAGGAAAGGGUCCUUAUGGCAAAAUCCCAAGAAACCAAUCAGAACACUUGGAUUUACCUCAAGACUAUCUUGCUUUUGUUCAUGCAUUACUUUUCAGUAACUACAAGGAACUCAAAGUGGUUAGUUUACGAGGCAUUGUAGUCAAUGGACCAGACAAAGAGACUGAUUUUUACACAGUUGCACCAAAUAUAUCAGAAUUAGACCUAUCUAAAACCCUUCUGUCUUCUUGGAGCGAUUUGGCUUCUAUCACGAGAAAUUUGCGGCACCUCCAAAUACUCAAUGUAAGUGAAAAUGUUCUCAGAUUACCACCUGUACCAGAACAGCUUCUGCCAUCAUUCACUACAAUAUCAGUUCUGUUUUUAAACAGAAUGCAACUUCAUUGGCAAGAGGUAGAGGUUAUUGUAAGUGUGAUGCCAUCACUCAAAGAACUUCAUGUUUGUCACAACUGUUUAAAUAACCUCAGAGGGAAAGAUGGUCAGCUUUGUGAACUGCAAGGACUCCAGAAUAUAGAACUUUUAAAUUUGGAAGGAAACCAGCUGUCAGAGUGGAAAACAAUUUUAAGACUGGGACAUUUACCAAGGCUCAACUGUCUUAUUUUAAAUGACAAUGGUAUAACUGGUGUUGAAUUAGGAAACAAAGUUCAAGAUGGACAAGGCAGUGUUCCUCUUUUCCCUGCUUUGGAAUCUCUCUCACUCAGUAACAAUAAAAUAAAUGAGAUUCACAGUGUAAACGAGCUAAAUCACCUUCCCUCUAUGAAUGCGUUACGCUUCAAAGGAAAUCCUUUAUUUCAGGAGGAAACUACGUUCGAAAGUCGUCAAGAACUGCUUGCUCGCCUUCCCUCACUCACUUCACUUAAUGGAAGCCCGGCCAAUCUUAAAGAAAGGGAGGCUGCAGAGCGAGCCUAUUUAAAGAAAUACGCCAAGUCAUGGGUUAAUGCUGGUGGAAAUCCAGUAGAAGGGAAAAACAGUGAACUACAACCUGAAUUUGUUGACUUACAUCCCAGAUAUGAAGAACUUGUCAAAGUGCAUGGAGUCCCUGCUGAAGCCGAGCGAAACCAGAACACGUCGAAAACUUUAAAAGACUCUUUGAUUUCUGUUACAAUUACAUGCCCUGAUGCUCCUGAUAAGAAGUCUGUCACAAAAAAAUUGCCAGGAACUAUGACGAUAGGAAAACUUAAAGGAUUAUUUAAUCGGCUUUUCAAAGUCGAUAGUUCUGACCAAAGGUUGUCCUCUGUUGACAGCAAGCUCGGUCGGGAAGUUGAGUUGGACGAUGAUCUUCGACAACUUACAUUUUAUUCUGUGCAAAGUGGAGACACUAUUUAUCUUAGGUGGUGACUGAAAUGUCAAAUAAAAUCGACUGAAACAACCCCGACUAA